UGGCUAUAUAAAGAGAAGCUCAAGACGGGAACGUUAUCCAGUCUUCUUGCUUUAUCCCUGGACACACGAACAUAGCUCUAUCAAGAUGUACUUUGCAUUUGUCGUUCUGCUGCUUACCUCUUAUAUAAAUGCAAACGAAAUGGAUCCUAAAACAUUAGAGGGAUUCCAGUCGGCAAUAUAUGGGAACAUUAUGGCUCACUUGGAUGCCGAGUACCAACUACUUCAGCCAGAACUUUUUGAGCAUAAUCGCAGCAUGGAAUUUUGCAAAGGACAAGUAGAAACGGCACAGGAAGCAUGUAGAAUUUGUGCCGGUAUAGAAUGUGAAGGGCAUUUCGGAGACUGGAUCACGGGUGGUCUAAGUGAUAUGGGUGGUUGGUUCAAGGGUGCUGGCAACAGUUUCGUAGAUUGGAAAGGCUGGGAAGCAAUGGGCGGCUUCUUCGGAAAAGUUGGCAAUUGGUUUCAAGGUGCCGGAAAUAGUUUCGUCGGUUGGAAAGGCUUUGAAGACAUGUCCAACUUUUUCAGCGGAAUUGGCAAUACAUUUUCUAGUGGAUUCAAUUCGGUUAAAAAUGGGUUGAGCAGUUUUGGCAACAAGAUUAGCAACGGAUUUAGCAGCGUUGGAAAUAAAAUCGGCAAUGGUUUUAAAAAGGUAGGCAGUGGAUUUAAAAGCGUAUUUGGAAGACGCCGUCGAAGUGUUAGACGCGCCAUGAUGGUUCAUAAACUACGAACAGUAAGACAUCGUUACAUGGCCAAGAGACAGCAAGAACUUGACGAACAAACGAGACAAUGCAUGCAAAAAUGUACCGAAUGUACACCAUUCCUUGGUGACCAGACAGCUUUAAUUGGAGAAGUUUGUGGGGAUGACAUCCUAUUGGAAGAGGCAGCUAUGACGGAAUUGAUGUCCAAGAUGCAGGCUCUCUAUGUUGCCAAUGGCAAUCCUCUUCAAGGAACAACGCCUAUU